AUGCAGGGUGUCUUACGCAGGAAGCAUCGCGUCGCCAGCCUGGAUGGUACCCGAGAGAUACCGACCUGCACAUACCAAUGGCCCGAUGGACAAGGAGACAGGGCAAAGUUCUUGGAGGGUGGGACAAACUCAGUCCGUUGGGAAGAAGCACACGGUCCAAUCUAUCGCCUAUGGUCUGGCAUGCGUCCGGAAAUUGUCCUGACCCAGCCGCACCAAGUCCAAAGAGUCUUCAAGGACUCUGCGAAUCAUAUUAAAGCCCCCGCAAACAACUCUGGUUGUUAUAUGGAUAAGCUGCUCGGUAGCUGCCUGGGUUUGAUUAGCGGGAAGUCCUGGCGUGCUUUGAGGGAUGUUGUGGAGCCGCCGUUCGGGCACAAGGCCAUGGGAUCAUUAACGCGGGAGAUCGAACGACAGGUCGGUGAGCACAUACGGAAGCUGAGCACUACAGGAAGACCAGCUCACGGACGGUUGCAUCCGACUGAGGAUCUCAAGAUGCUACCUUUUUGGAUCCUGUGCCGCGCCAUUUAUGGCCCACUGCCUCUGCACCUGGUUGAGCAGAUAGAAGCAAUGAUACCACUCCGUGAGGCUGCCUUCCGCCGGGUGAUCUCGGGCGGGAUCCAUCGGUUUUGCUUCUUUCGAUUCGUGUCCACACAUGCUCGCGACCAACUCGUUCGGUUGCAGAAAGAUUGGAGAGCAUUCAACCAAUCUGCACUGGAGUAUGCUCGCAUCCACGCUGAAAAAGCUCCCAUCAUUGCCAUGUGGGACGCCGUGGCCGAGGGGAAAGUUAGCGAGGUGCAAGUACUGCAAACCCUGGACGAAAUGCUGUUCGCGAAUCUGGACGUGACCAUCGGCGGCCUGUCUUGGAACUUUGUAUUUCUGGCAGCAAGUCCUGCCGAUCAAUCUCGCCUCAGAGCGGAAAUUCUCAGCGUGAACAAAGAAGGCUGCCUCGAACAGUAUGUUCAAAGCUCUCAUUCGCACCUCGGCCGGUGUGUCCUUGAGUCGAGCCGUCUCAGACCGCUGGCGGCAUUCUCUGUGCCGCAGUCUUCGCGUUCCACGGUGGUUCUGGACGGCUUCGUGAUCCCCGAGGGGACCGAUUUCAUUGUCGAUACCCAUGCACUCAACAUCCGCGGUAAGCUUUGGAGCCCCGACAACCUGGAAUUUCGCCCCGAGCGGUUCUCGCAGCUGAAGCCCACCGACCUUCGCUACGCGUUUUGGCGAUUCGGCUUCGGCCCUCGCCAAUGUUUGGGAAGACACAUCGCGGAUCUCAUCAUUCGCCACACCGUUGUCCAAAUCGUGCAGCGAUUCGAGCUGGCCAUUCUCGACGACAAGGCAUGGGAGAGGGACAAGGCCAUGUGGAUUUCCUGCCCCGAUUUUGAAUUGUCAUGUCGCGGUCUGGAUGCUGGAGACAGCGAGGAACGAGAUGAUCCUCUCGCGAUAUGUGACCCACACAGGGCGGUGUGCCCGGGACAAGUAUAG